AUGGUGAAGAAAAGGAAGAAUUUGUCAGACAACGAAAGACAAGCAAUUUAUGAAGCUUUACUUCUCCGAAGCUUUAUUGGUAUGAGAAAUAUUAUUCACACAGAUGAGAAAUGGUUCAACACCACCAAAAAAGCAAAGAGAUUCUACAUGCUGCCCGAGGAAGAGGAUCCAUUAAGAACAAUUCAUAACAAGAAUUCUAUUCCUAAAUGUAUGCUCCUAUGUGCUGUAUGUCCACCACGCUAUAAUGCUGAAGGGCAAUGUUACUUUGAUGGGAAACUAGGCAUAUGGCCCUUUGUGAGACAGGAACCAGCGCAAAGAGGCAGCAAAUAUAGAGACAAGGGUACUCCAAUCACAAAACCAAUCAAUGUGACAAGGGAUGUUAGUAGAAGCUACCUUAUCACAAAGGUUCUUCUAGCUAUUGUUGCAAAGUGGCCCAUCGAAGCUAGAGGAGAGACAAUCUGGAUCCAACAAGAUAACGCACGCACACAUAUAGAACCAAAUGAUGAGGUAUUUUGUCAAGCAGUUCGCCAAACAGGGCUAGACAUUCGUAUCUUCAACCAGCCAGCUAACUCACCGGAUUUGAAUGUUCUAGACCUGGGUUUCUUCGCAUCCCUACAAUCCAAGACCUUUCUUACAAGCUCCAAGAACAUGAAUGAUUUAAUUCAGAAUGUACAAAAAGAGUUCAGUAAUUAUGAUGAAUCCAAAAUUAGAAACGUCUUCUUGACUCUACAAGGCUGCAUGAUAGAAGUCAUGAAAAAAGGAGGAGGAAACGGUUAUAAGAUCCCCCAUAUGAACAAGGAAGCGCUCGAGGCUGCAGGAAUGCUUCCCAAUAGCCUUAGCAUCGAUCGUGAGCUUUAUCAUGCUGUCCUACAACAAUUGUAUGCUGCAUAAUGGGGGAAGAAAGAAGGAUAUGUCUUUUGGUGUACAUAUUGCUGGUUCAUGAGUGGGAACCAGAG